AUUUAAAUCAAAGACCAGCGUUUUUCUAAAAGUAAUGAACUUUAUAAUCUAAAAAGAAGGAAGCAAGAACAAUCCCUUAUACCUUCUCUUUGUAUAUAAUACCACCUCCUUAUUAAUGAUAAUGCGUGCCCCUUGCCCGUCAACCACAUGACGUUCAACUUAUUUAGGUAUAUAAGUUGAACUAGUUGUUCUGGAGCCCCAGUGAAAUAUAUGUUGGAUAUAUACCUACAUGUUACCUUUUCAGAGAGUAACACUUCAACUUCAGUUAACAGUAUCAACUCAACUAUCCAGGAUACCUACCUAAGUAUGAAUACCUCGAGCAAUAUGGACAUCCCAAGCAAUAGGAUGAGUCUCCAUGACUUCCCAGUGGAACUCGUUCGACAGAUAGGAAGCGAUAUAAACUCGAUGUCUCAGUUAUUCAAAUUUAGAUCGACCUGCAGGUACGCCCGCGAUGCUAUCAAUGAGUUCGAUAUUUGUACAAAAGAUACAAAAUUCCAUAUGAAAUGUUUGGCAGAGCCUUAUAGACGGCAACGCAACCACCGAAAAUAUGACAUCUUCAAAAGGAUUGAUAGAAUGGUCACGAUUAUAGAGCAUCGCAUUGAUCAGCCCUUCAUCGGGGAAGAGGAUGAUGAGUGGGAUUGGAUGGCUAGCAUGAACACUUCUUGCUAUGGUGAUAAUCGGACGCCACUCUUCCCAGUCAUGCCAGUACCAUACCUUAUCCAUGCAAUCGCAGGUGGAAAGGAUAUUGCCGAGAUCAAUAGGUGUAUCAGCGCAUAUCAGAAAGUAUUUCCCGCUGGACUUCAUGGUGAGUGGUCUUGGAGGGCGAUGGCUCCAAACUUCAUCUAUACUACUUCAUACUUUUAUGAUCGCAAUACAAUAAGACAGGAUAUUUCCGAUUGGAAACAUUUUAUAAGGUCAAUAAUCCUGGAUGAUGUCUCGUCACCAAUGGUUGUAGCCGUCGCCAAGGGAAGACUUGACGUUGUACAGGCACUUGUAAAGUGUGGAGUUAACAUGAGAGGCAGAGAUGAUCGCGCACCAUUUAAGUGUCAUUUCACACUUAGUUCGGUCCCAGAUCAUAUUGAAAACCAAAUGAUAAUUGACGGAUGGCGGAACGAUAACGCAUUUCGUAUAGCCUGCAGUAACAAACGAGAAGAUGUAGCACUGUAUAUGAUUUCCAACGGACUCGAAGUACGAUGGGCUGAUAUAUUGGCUGCCAUUGAAUUCGGAUGCUUUGAAGUUUUCGAGACUUUAUUAGAUCACCCGGUUUUCAACACGCAUCAUCGCCUAUCUAUCAUCACCCAUGCACUUCACUGGGCUGGUGAUAACAAAAUCGCGGACUAUACGAUGAUCGAUCGCCUCUUGAAGCUUGUGACCGAGCCUUACUUUGAUAAAAUACUGUGGCUAAGUUCUAAAAUUAGGGAUGGGACAUUGGGGGGUAUUCCAAAGGGACAACUGACGUAUCUUUUCAACAUGUGGAUGAAGUCAAAACACCCCGUCGCAGGGGCCCGCGAAAUUGGUCUCGACGCUUGCUCUAAAGCAAAGCAUCUCGAUAUUGUUAAAGUCAUGUUCUUACAGCCUUCGAUUAUAUCUGACUUGUUAACAGAGCAGGAAGGAGCACAAAAAGACAUGAUUAAGACGAGUAUCCUCCAUGGCUGCUACGAAGCCGUGCGAUUCUAUUCGAGCGUGCGCCCUGCACUUACGUUAAAAAUGGCUAUUCGACAAGAGAGCCUAUACGGUUCUAAAUCCAGGCCUGUGCCGAUGGUUGAUUUUAUUCUUGAUAACUGUAGUGUCUCGCCAACCCCCGAUCUCUUUGACGGCCAGCUCAAGAACCCACUGCAUUUCGCAUUGGCCACGGAAACACCCUGCAAGUAUAGGAUUCUUCGUAGUCUGCUCCUCCGUGGUGCUGACUAUACGAAUGUUCCGCGAAAGCUCAAGGACAAGCUAUACAAAGAACAUGACGAUAUAUGGCUAAGAGUCGAGCCUAACCCCCCCUUAGAAACGCCACCGGAUCUCUCUAUAUUUGAAGAGUUUCCUGAAAUCCCUUCAAUCGAAAAAUAUAACAACAGAUCCUACGCAAUGGCUUAUCUCAUCAUGGGCAAGGAAUAUUUGGAUGAAAAGAGAAAAGAACGGGAUUUGAACGGGGGAACCGGAAGAUCCUACACAAUCUUUAAUGGCUACCUAACAGGUGGUGAUUCCGAACCUGAUGAAGCAGAAGAAGAAGAAGAAGAAGAAGAAUAUCUAAUAGAUAUACAACUUCAGUAGAUAGUAGAUAGUAUACGCAAGUGCCAUCUUAUGAGUCCU